AUGACUCACGACGACCAUCGCGGCGGCGGUGGAGGCGACGACGUCAACCCUCGCAAGGGCUACGCCGAAAUCCCUAUUUUUGCGCUUAUUUGGUGGGGUGAUGGUGGACGAAGCCCACACGCGCACCACACCGCAUCGGAGACCUCGACAACACACCGCGCCAAGUCGCUCGUGCUGCAGCCAUGCACCCUGGAAAGUCCGCGGGGACGACUCGAUGGCACAUAA